AUGUUCGUUCUCGCCAACCUGGUCGACACGAUCAGGAUCGAGGCGAAAGAGUUCCGCAAGGAAGCAGCUACAGCAAUCCACGAAGCCAUUAAUGUCAAGUUCGCCAACAAGGUGCUGCAAGAUGUUGGGCUCUGCGUCUGCUUGCAUGAUCUGCUCUCCUGCUCCGCUGGAAAAGUACGCUGGGGUGAUGGCUGCCUCUACUACCAGGUAACGUUCCGACUCGUCGUUUUCCGACCGAUGAUCGGAGAGGUGCUCCUGGGCAAGAUCAAGUCUUCCAACGAAGACGGCAUUCGGGUCAGCAUGGGCUUCUACGACGAUAUUUACAUUCCAGCGACGCUCAUCCCCUCGCCACGCGGAUACGACCACACAGAACGCGCCUGGUUCUGGGUGCUGAAUCCGGCAGACGACGAACAGAUCGAGCAGGAUCCUCUGAUGGUCCCUAAGGAAGAUCGUGCGUACCUCGACCGUGAUGAGCCAAUCCGUUUCCGAGUGGAAGCGGACGAGUUUCACGAAGCCGAGCCAGGGCCUGUUUUCGGCGAAGGCAAGGCUGUGACUGCAGAGCAUGCUGCGAAACCCAAGGAGGCGCCUUACGUGGUUAUUGGUGGUAUCACUUCAUCGGGUCUCGGUCUGCCAAGCUGGUGGUCCAAUGCGGAGCAAGUCAUGGAAGAGUAG